UCUUCGAUACUGACGACCAUCGAUCUUUGGCCAAGUUUACCGGGCUGGCCGUAGUACAGGGACUGUCAGCAUAUUACUGCCCUACGACGCCUUCGCUUCUGCGCAACACUCAUCCACCGUAAUAUCUCACUCAAACUCUCAGCACGCAACCGUCAAGAUGAUGCGCAAAAAGACAACAUAUACCAACAUCACGCCUAUUCCGUCCUUCAUCCCACGACAGUUGGCGAUCGACAUCCUACACAGCCAUGGCGAAGUCAUCGAACUGAACCCUCUCGUAACAGGAUUCGAAGCUGUGAAAGCGCCACGAGACGCGCCCUCGGACGAAUUCUACGCGACCUGGUACGAGAUCUCGCAACGAAUCCAGUACAUACCUGGCAUUGGAAAGCUGGGCAGCGGCGCUAUCAGGUUCAAAGGAUGCUUUCACGAUAUGCCAUGGGGUUUGCAAACGCACAUCUAUGCGCCUGCUGGUGUAGACAUGCGCAACAAGUGGCAGAUCUGCGGCAACCAGCCUGAUGAACCUGCCGAAACCAGAGAGCUAGGUCUGGGGGCUCCACCUGAGGGACUAUACUUGCGCGAGGAUAUCGAAAUCAAAUGCAACAUGACCAUGGCCGGUUUUGUAAAGAAGGAAAACAAAGCAGCCUCAAAGGUCUUUGUCGAGCGUCUGAUCAAGAAAGCCGAGCUACUGGACUCAGGCGUGUUACAGGGCAUGAUGGAUAAAGGCAAACUCAAGACGAUCAAUCCUGCAGACCGGUCCAGCAGGUUACCAGGAUCGUCAGGCCCAUCUCCGCAGCACGCAAAUAUGCAACCGUACAACAUGCCUAUGUCACCUGCGCGCUCACCCACACAACCACACCACCCAAAUCAGCAGCAAUUCGUUCCUCCAGGUCAGCUCUUAGGCCAGAACAACACCGUCAUGGAGCUGCCCGGAGAUUACUAUCACGCGCAGCCAUCACCAGGCCUUCUACAUCCAAGCCAUCGCCUUUCGAAUGCAAGCGACGGAUCGACCUCGCCAAAUCUGUCAGACGCACGCUGGUCGCAAGUAUCGAACGAUUACCAAAGUCCCAUGAGCUCUCGCCCAAGCUCAUACGCUCCGUCUGACUACCUCCGCUCGCCAGGACUCGACCAAAAGCAAUUCACAGCGGAAUUACCUACAAUGGAAGAGACACGAGAGGAGCAUGUGGAACGACAGAAGCGUAAAAGUCAACAGAGUGCUCAUGAGCAGAAGUACACGUACAACCCUCAAGACUAUGCACAACAGGCGCACUAUGCCAUGCCACCGCAGUACUCUCCGUACAAUCCCCAAGGCCACCAGUGAGCUAGGGAGUUAAUGUCUUCUCAUCGAUUGGGCACAGUGUUGUUGGAUGUGUUGAGAUGGGCUUUUGGCUUCUUUUUCGGACUUCGCCAUAUACCCGCGUUUCCUUACCACAAAACCGCCCUCUCCUCGAGGCUUUUUAUAUGUUCCUAGCGUCUGGUUUUCUGCGCAAUAGCAGCAGCGGCCCAACUUACGAAUUUCCUUGGUUUGAGAUAUCCUCUUUAUUUACGUACUUAAAUGCUACUUCUAUCCCCGCAGACCGGCUCCACUUUCCUUGGUCAUCAGCGUUGCACAACGGAACUGCCGAAGUUGGACCUUCAUGCUUGAUCAUGCGACGCCAUCCGAUGAAUCA